AUGAGUAAACAGGCAUCUACUUAUACUCUCCCUCCUAAAGAACUCUCAAUAUUCAAGAGAGUUGUUAAAUAUUAUGACCAAAAGCAGUACAAAAAUGGAUUAAAGUAUGCUAAACAAAUCCUAAGCAAUCCAAAAUUUAGCGAACAUGGAGAAACUUUGGCGAUGAAAGGUAUUUUAUUAAAUUGUCUUGGGAAGAAGGAUGAAGCAAGGGAAUAUGUAAAGCGUGGUUUAAAGGCCAACAUCACCAGCUUUGUUUGUUGGCAUAUUUAUGGUCUUAUUCAUAAAUCUGACCAUAAGUACGAAGAAGCGAUAAAGUGCUACUUGCAAGCUUUAAAGUUAGAUAAUGAAAAUUUACAAGUGCUAAGGGAUCUUUCAGUUUUACAAAUGCAGUUGAGAGAUUAUGAAGGAUGCAGGGACAUACGUUACAAGUUGCUUCUACUGCGACCUAGCCAAAAAGCAUCAUGGAUUGGCUAUGCUUUAAUUCACCAUUUGCUGGGAAACUAUGAAAUCGCUCUUACAGUCAUCAAUGAGUUCAAAAAGGGUCAAAGUGAAAUACCUCAGUUCGAUUACGAACACAGUGAGCUACUACUCUACCAAGCAAUGAUCAUGCUUGAAGCUGGAAAAGAAAAUGCUGCCUUAGAACAUCUAAAUCAAUAUAGCAACGAAAUAGUUGAUAAAAUAUCUUUGUUGGAAAUGAAGGCUCAACUUCACUUGAAACUUGGACAGUAUGAGGAAGCGGCUGAGUGUUCAUGGAGCUUAAUUGAUCGGAAUCAGGAAAAUAGUUUAUAUCUUGAGCUUUUGGCACAGGCAAAUACAGCUUUAGUCAGUGGUAUAACAGACGCAAAUACUGAAACGACGAAAAAAACUUAUGAGUCAGUUAUUUCCCGUUACCCCCAAUCCCGUCUAUCUAGACGGUUGAUUCUGAAUUAUUGUUCAGGUGACGAGUUUCUCCAGCGUUUGGAUGCUUACCUAAAGCCAUACAUCAGAAAAGGUGUUCCUCCUCUUUUUAUACAACUUGUGGGGCUUUUAAAUGACUCUAAAAAGCUUUCAGCUUUUGAAAGUCUUUUAACUAAAUAUCGUAACAGCAUGAGUGCCAUCGGAUCCCUUGAUGCACAGGAAAGUAAUGAAAAAGAAGCUCCCACAACAGAUGUUUGGCUUAACUAUUUACUAGCUCAGUAUUAUAACUUCAAAAGAAAAUAUCAGGAAGCCAUUGAAAUCAUAGAUUCUCAGUUGCUCUCAACACCUACGUUAGUUGACUUUUAUGUCCUAAAAGCCGAUGUCUUUCAUGAUGCAGGGGACUAUAUAACAGCCAGUCGGUGGAUGGAAGAAGCCCAAUCUCUAGAUACAGCUGAUCGUUUUAUUAAUGCUCGCUGUACAAAAUUCAUGGUGGAAGCUCAUCGCCUUGAAGAUGCCACUAACAUGGCUUCUAAAUUUACAAGGGGAAACACAUCGCCAAAGGAAUACUUGUCUGAGAUGCAGUGCAUGUGGUUUCUGUUAGAUAAUGCCAGAGCACUUAAAGAAAUGGGCAGAUUUGGUGAUGCCCUUAAGUUGUGUCACGAAGUGCAGCAACACUACAGAAAUAUUCUUGAUGAUCAGUUAGACUUCCAUUCCUACUGUCUGCGGAAGGUUACGCUACGAUCAUAUGUUGAGACACUGCGAUUAGAAGAUCGUUUACGGGAUCAUCAGUCUUAUUUUGAUACCGCUCAACUUGCAGUUGAAAUUUACUUGCAACUGUAUUCUCAACCAUUGGACAGUAUUGAUGAAUCUCCUCACGGCGAAAAUGACGGUAUGUCUUCAUCUGAAGCUAAAAAGCUACGAAAUAAACAACGGAAAGCUGCUAAGCGUGCGGAAGCGGAAGCUGCUCGGGCUCGAGCUGAACAGGAACGUCGAGAACAAGCAGCUCGUUCAAGACAGCCUGCAUCCGAAGAAGCAAAUGCAGAUAAUCCAUCCAUGGGAGAAAACGACCUAGAUGCUAAUCUACUGGCCAGACCUGAGGAUCCACUUGAAGAGGCAUCCAAAUUUCUUAUCCCUUUGUUGGAUUUGUCUCCUAAAAUUAUUGAGGCUUAUUGUUUGGCCUUUGAAGUUUAUGAGAGAAAGCGAAAAUUUCUCCUCAUGCUCAAAUGGAUUUCUCGUGGUGUGCAACUUACAAAUUCACGUGACAAUCCUUGGUUUCAUGAGUGCUGUGUGAGAUUUCUUCUCCAGCUACACAGUCGUGGAAAAUCAGAUGAUAUAGUUGGCAAAGUUCUUACAUCAGAAGUCCCUAAGUUAUUCAGCGAGUGGCCAGAAAAUAUUUCAUUUGUUCAAGAAUAUAAUAAAAGAUUUAAUCACCGUAAUCAGGACACAUAUCCUCAUGUAUUCAGAUAUACACUAUGUCAAUGUCUGAUUGACCCACAACAUAGAGAUAAUUAUCUUAGUAAGAUUCCAUUACCAAAUGAUAACUUUAAAGGUGUUACAUGGCAAGAAUGCCGCACGUGUCUAGAUAUUUUGCGUAGAGGUCAGUGGACGUUACUGGGUCGUUGUGACCCAUCUGUCAUAGAAAAGUAUCGUUGUGCUUGCAAUGAAUAUUUUCCAAUGGCAAAUGCAUUUCUAACAACCUCACAAAUAGAUAUAUUACGUCAGAAUAUGAUUGAAGCAGCUAAUUCAUCAGCUAUAUCUGGUGUGUUCCUUACGCCGAAUGACAAGGACCAAUUAUCGGAACUCAACACGGAUCAUGGAAGUAAACUAUCAAAUGAAUUUUCUAGACUAACUACUGAACCUAUGGUUAAUGGUGAUCUAAAGGAUACGACUAGUUGGAUUCCUCAAUCGUGUAAGCAAGUUACAGUAACAAAUAAGGCAACUGAUAUCGUUGUUUAA